AUGGCAUUAAAUAAUAACGUUGGCGCUUCGGCGAUAUUUUAUUUAUAUGCAACAAGUACAACGAUUGUUCUAUUGGUGACACUUGGAGCCGGAACGACAGCAACGGCAACAGCAACAGCAACGGCCACCGUCGCAUCAACAACACCAGCAGCAGCGACAGUCAUUGUGGCAUCCAUAUCACCCGGGCACACAGCAGCGAAUGCAUCACCAAACAUGCAUAAUUCAACCGAGAUGCAAGCGAAUGCACUAACUAACGAAGAGAAAAGCAAUAACCUUAACCAUUUCGAAAAGAACAAUCGCAACGAUAGCAUAAUGACAUUAUCACCUUCAUUGUCGACACCAUCGAGGGAUUGGAAUAACGACAACCAACAAAAUUCAAACAAUGAACACCAACUGCACCAGUUACACCAACAACAACGGAACGAACAGCGGUCCCAUCAUUCGGAUCAGCAUUCAUUUGAAAUGGAAAAUUCGAGAAAAUAUUUACAUUUAGAUGAGCAUAAUUUUGUGGCGACAACGCCAAAGAUUCAGACCACAAAAUUACCGAACAGAUACGAACAAGGACUGGAGGACUAUGAAGAAGCGGUGGCUCGCGUUGACAAAAUCAAAGAGAAACAACAAGACGAACAACAGGCGUACGGUUUAAAUGGGCUGCAAAAGGUGCUGACGCUGAUCGAGACGGCCAGCGAUGUUUGGAAUAAAGUGUCGACAGAAUUCGAACAAAAGCAAUCAACAAUCACCGAUAAAUCGAAUGAUAGGCCAACAAAUGAUGUCGAUAGCAACGACGACAAAAGCGAGGUUAGUUCAACGGAUGUCGCCGAAGGCCGGUAUAUCAAAGGUGAUCCAUUAAAAGGCUAUUAUGAUUUUAUUAUUACGGAAGGAUCGUAUAAAUUUUGGGCUGGAUUCCAGCUUUUUACGGCCGGUUUGAUGAUUUAUUCCACGUUUGCUGCGAUUUAUUACUCGAAAGUUAAUCCAGUCGUCGGCGAUUAUGAUUAUACAUCUUAUUUGGGUGGGGCACGUUCGAUGGCUGACGAUCCGGAGCCAUUGCCAUCAUCAACAUCAACAUCAUCGACUAUUUCGGAGUUGGCCAACAGUUACAUCUUUCAAACGGCUGCCCAUGGAUUUCAGUUCGUUCUUGAUGCCAUCGAGAAAAUACCGAAAACAUAA